AUGACAGAAUUGAGAUAAUAAACAAGCUUCGAGAUGGAGAACUUAGAAGCUUAGUUUAAUUUAGUAGAUUAGGUAGAUGACAUCAAAGAAAUAGAGCAAAAUAAUAAUAAAUUGAUUAAGAGUCUAAAUAGAUUCAAAAGGUAGUCUUGUAUCUUCGUUGAUUCAAAUCAAAAAGAUAUCAACUAAAAGUACAAUUAACUCCUUAACAAAGAAUAUGUUGAUUUAACAAAUGAAUUAGAUAGUUCAGCUGUUAUCCAUAUUUUGAUGAAAUAAGAAAAGAAUAAAUAAGAGCAGAACUUCAUUAAAAAUGCAAUUUAAGGACUUUAGUUAUUUAAAGAGCAUAAAAAUUUAUUAACAGCUCAAGGAUUUGGAAAUCACUUGCUAACAUAAAUGAAAGUGGAGUUUCACGAAAAAAAUAAUGUUAUCUUUCACUAUGGUGAAUACGGUAAUAAAUACUACAUUUUACUCAAAGGAAAGCUUGAUCUUAUGAUGCCAAAAAGUGAAUGCAUUGAAGAAAAUAACUUAAGAAUGGAAAAAGGCUUACCUUCAAUUCCUUAUUUCUAAGAAUACAAAAACACACCUGAAGAAUUACCAGAUGAAACAUUUGAAUAAUACAUGGAGAGAAUAUAUCCUAGAUUAGGACAUAUUAAAACAUUUCUACCUGGUGAAGCAUUUGGUGAAAUUGCAUUAAUGACAAACCAGCAAAGAACUGGAUCUAUUAUAGCAAGGGAAGAUUCUUACACUUUGGUUAUAACUAAGUCAGCCUUUCAUGAACUUUUAGGAAAAUUUCACGAAUUCAUGCAAAUGCAGAAAUUAAUUUUUUUGCAAUAAUUCUUUUUCUUAAAGUAGAUUCCUAGUUCAAAAUUGCUAUCUAUUAUUUAGCUCAUGAAAAUCUUUACAUUCCAGAGAAACAAUGUUAUAUAUAAUUAAAAUUAAAGUAUUAGUGGAAUUUACUUUAUUAAAGAAGGAGAAGUAUAAAUAUCCACAAAAAUAACUUAAAUUGAUGAAGAAAACUAAGAUGAAAGUUAAAAACUCAAAAUAAGAUUUAGAAACAUCAAAAAAUCAGAAAAAGUCAUUAUUAAAGCCACAAAUUCUUUCUUCGGAGAAGAAGAAAUUAUUUUAGGAUAACAUAGUAGAAACUCAAAAGCUAUUUGUAUUAGUGAAACUUGCUAAGUAUUCCUUCUUUCAAGAGAUAUCUUGCAAACUUAUGGAAAAUUAUAUGAUAUUGUUAAGAAGCUUAAAUAAAAUUAUGAUUUAAAAUUAAAAUGGGAGGAAUAACGCACUUAAAAUAUACAAAAUGUGCAAAAAUAGAAUGAGGAGAAUAUUAAUACUCUUAAUUAGAACAAAGUCAAAGAGAUAAAUUUAUCAAAAUACAUUUUAGAAAGUAGUCUACCUAAAGGCAGAGUAAAUUAAAGUGGCAUUCCUAUAUACACAAAUGGCAGUGAUGAUUAAUUAGAAAAUAAUGCAUCUUCUUAGAUGGAAGGAUAAGGUAUGUCAAUGAGUUCCAAAAAGUAUAGAAAAUUAUCUUACAAUAUGGAAAUAUAAACCAUGUCUAGUCCUAAGAAUUAAAAUAAACUUGAAUUAAACAAUAAUUUCCUUUAGGUUCAAAAUUAAGAGAGAGAUAAUAAUUUUCAUAUUUAAAAUGGUUUUUCUAGUUAAAGUUCAAGUUUGAAACGCCAGUAGCCAUACUUAAGUCCUUAACCUUCUUAAAUGAAAACUUAAAAUUAAACAAUGACCCCAGAAACUAACUACACAGGCCGUAAGAGUUUUCAGAGUAAUAUUUUUAAAAAACAAGGGAGCAAGGAAGAUAUCUUAGAAUCCUACAAUGGAUUUGGCGAUAAUAUAAAAGAAAAAAAUAAAUUAUAAAAAUCUCCAUCUUUUAAUUAUCAAUUCAAGUAAAGAAAUCCCAACUAAGAUAUUUAACUCAAUCUACAAACAAACAAUUAAUAAAAUUCAAAUACAAGUUCAUAAUUAUCUAUUCAAAGCUUUCAAAAUACUUAUGCCUUUGGUAAUCCUUCGUCAAACAAUAAAAUUUAAUCCAGUACUAACAACAGUAGAGAAACUUCAGCUGAAAGAUUAUUUUUUGAUUCGAGCCAUAAUGAAUUUGAGUCAAUGCUCAAAAAAUAAACUUAACUUAAGCAAGAAAUUUUAAAAUAAAUCAGUAAAUCUAAAAAUCCAACUCUUGAUGGACUCACAGAAAUAAAUAAAUAAAGAAUAGAUUUUAAAAUACGCAAAUAGAACAAUUAAUUUUUGCCAACAACACCCAAAACAAUGAGAAACUCGUAAUCAUAAAGUCUUAACUACAUUUAAAGUUCAAGCAAAAUUUCUUAAGCUAAAAGCUAAACUUUCAUUCCUUUAGAUGCUCAAGGAAUGAAUGAUAACAUAUUUAGUUUAAAUUCAGAAAGCAAAAAUAGCAUAAAUAGUAACAAUGGAGUUUAGUAAUAUGCCAGCUUUUCUUAUUUUCCUCCAAAUGGUAGCAAUACUAACAUUACUGAUAGAGUUGUAGUGGUACCUGCUUCAAUGGCUAAUUAAAAAAUGCAAUUGAAUUUUUUCUCAACUAAAGUCUAAGGAAAUGAUUAGCUUUAACUACCUUCUUUAUCUCAAUAAUAAUAAUAAUAAUUAUAACAGUAAUAAACUUUAGAGAAACCAAUUUAGCUGCAUAAUCAACCCUCAAUUUAAAUAAAUAACAACUAACCCACUUUAUAUUAAUUGGACACUCUUUUAGAAGAAGAUGAUGAAAAUAGUCCUCUUAAAUUUGGUAAAAAACUUAGAAUAUAAAUGGCAAGCUAGUAAAAUAUGACAGAAAAUGGGUCUCAUCCAGCUUCUUAGUUAAAUUUCAAUUACAAUUAAAAUGAAAAAGAUUUAGAAUUAUAAAAAAAUGCUUAGAUUUUAUGUAAAAAAUUUUAACUUGGUAAAAAAGUGGUAAAAUAUAUCUAAAACAGAAAGUUCUACAAUGAAAAGUUAGUUAUUGACUUAGAAAAAUAAAUGAAGAUACCUUCAAAUUCCAAUACAUUUAAUUAAUUUGAUGAAUUUAUAAACCAGAAAAACUCUUCUUAGGUAUCACCGUUGAAUAAUCUGGUAGAUCAAAACCCAUAGAAAGAAGUUAUCAUACAGGUUAAAGUACAUAAGAGGGGUGGUAGUAUAAUUUAACCUCCUACUUAAUAAAUUUAACACCACAAUGUAUAGUAGCCCAUCCAAUCUAAUGCAUAAAAUCAGCUUUUGUAAUAAGAUGAAAAGCAAAGUCAUAGAAGAAGAUUUACAUAUGAUGCAAAUUUCCAUAGAGUAUAGGUUAAAAAAGAUUAGCUCAAUUAACAAUAAUAAAACCAAAAUAAUAGUUGA